AGCUGGGCAGCAGCAGGAGUGGGCUGGGGAGAGCUGCAUCUGAUCAGGCUGAGAAAAGAGUGGGGGUGGGGGCUUUAUCUUGGUCUCAGGAUCCUUUCUAGUGCGUCUGACAACCUGGAAGUGUUUGGAGAGAGCAGGAGAGAGAGAGAGAGAGAGAAGCAGGCUUGCAUUGGAUAGAUUUUUUUUCUUCCAGGCUGGGUUUUCACAUGCUGAUCCGCAAAUAUAAAUAAAUAAAAGGAAAUAUGCACACGAGAAGCCUGAUCCUAUUGUAAUUUCCAUUGCAAACGGGGGAAAAUAGAGCCACACAUUAUAUAUGUGGAGAUGCAUUGAUUGCAUGGAACUCAACGAGCAAGUGGGGGAUUCGGCGAAGGAAGCUCGUAACAUGGCGGAUGGCGAGGAAGGCUUCGGGCUGCCCAGCACGCCGGCGGAUCCGGAGGCCAAGGAGCUGCAGGCCGAAGGCAAGCAGGACACGCAGCUGGGGGCCAGCAGCAAGUCGCCCACCUCACCGCAAGCAGCCUUCACCCAGCAGGGCAUGGAGGGCAUCAAGGUGUUUUUGCACGAACGCGAGCUGUGGCUGAAGUUCCACGAGGUGGGCACGGAGAUGAUCAUAACAAAGGCCGGGAGGCGAAUGUUCCCCAGUUACAAAGUGAAGGUCACUGGACUCAAUCCAAAGACGAAGUACAUCCUGUUGAUGGAUAUUGUACCGGCGGAUGACCACAGAUACAAAUUCGCGGAUAAUAAAUGGUCGGUGACAGGCAAGGCAGAGCCGGCCAUGCCCGGCAGGCUGUACGUGCACCCCGAUUCCCCCGCUACCGGAGCGCACUGGAUGAGGCAGCUGGUUUCCUUCCAGAAGCUCAAACUCACCAACAACCACCUGGAUCCCUUCGGACAUAUCAUCCUGAACUCCAUGCACAAAUACCAGCCCCGGCUCCACAUCGUGAAAGCGGACGAGAACAACGGUUUCGGCUCCAAGAACACCGCCUUCUGCACCCACGUCUUCCCGGAGACCGCCUUCAUCGCCGUCACCUCCUACCAAAACCACAAGAUCACCCAGCUGAAGAUUGAGAACAACCCCUUUGCCAAAGGCUUCCGUGGCAGCGACGACAUGGAGCUCCACAGGAUGUCCAGGAUGCAGAGUAAAGAGUACCCAGUUGUUCCCAGGAGCACAGUGAGACAAAAAGUGUCCUCGAAUCACAGCCCCUUCAGCGGCGAGACCAGGGUCCUUUCUGCCUCCUCCAACCUGGGCUCCCAGUACCAGUGUGAGAACGGGGUGUCCAGCACCUCCCAGGACCUGCUGCCUCCUGCCAACCCCUACCCCAUCUCCCAGGAGCACGGCCAGAUCUACCACUGCACCAAGAGAAAAGAUGAGGAAUGUUCCACCACCGAGCAUCCCUACAAGAAGCCCUACAUGGAAACCUCUCCAGCAGAGGAGGACCCUUUCUACAGGUCCAGUUACCCGCAGCAGCAGGGACUGAACACGUCGUACAGGACUGAGUCGGCGCAGCGCCAGGCCUGCAUGUACGCCAGCUCGGCGCCGCCCACGGAGCCCGUGCCCAGCCUGGAGGACAUCAGCUGUAACACGUGGCCCAGCGUGCCCUCGUACAGCAGUUGCACAGUGUCUGCCAUGCAGCCCAUGGACAGGUUACCCUACCAGCAUUUCUCUGCCCACUUCACCUCGGGGCCGCUCAUGCCUCGCCUGGGCAGCGUGGCCAACCACACGUCGCCCCAAAUCGCAGACACCCACAGCAUGUUCCAGCAUCAAAGCUCUCACCAGCCCAUCGUGAGGCAGUGUGGACCUCAAACGGGCAUUCAGUCCCCUCCCAGCAGCCUCCAGCCAGCGGAAUUCCUGUAUUCCCACGGCGUGCCUCGAACCCUGUCGCCCCACCAGUACCACUCGGUGCACGGCGUGGGGAUGGUGCCAGAGUGGAGUGAGAACAGCUAACCAGGGGGGCAGGGAAUGCCAGAGCCACGGGAAAAUCCCAGCAAACGGGAGAAGGAAAAGGAAAAGAAUCCCCCUGUUGAUAACAAAGCGUUUUGCAAGACUCCUUGAAGUGAAUGUUCACCGCUAGCACUCGAGAGGGACGGACACUGACUGAAACCACGGCUGGAAGUCAUCGGCCUCGGUGUGACUUGCCCUGACCCCCCCUUUUGUUUUCUUUGGUUUCAAAAGAAAAGCCAACAGCCCAGCACACUUCUGUCCCUCCACGGUCCCACCCAGUUUGUGUUGCUGCAACCACCCUCGUCCCCCUCCCCGUCCUUCUGCUCUUUUUGUUCUCCAAGGGACACCAAACUCCUGCUGCCUUUCUCAC